AUGAAAUUGUCUACAGAAAUGAUAGAAUUGACAACCCCAGACGCACGCUGUCAGAACGGUUUGCAUGUGCAUAAAGAUGACCCCAAGGGAGACUGGGCUGAGAAGAUUUUACUGAAGGAUCUCCUACACGACUACGAAAAGAAGGCCCGGCCCGUGGUGGAUGGUGUUUCGCCAGUGGUGAAGUUCUCCGAAACCCACAACGUGCAACAAGUCACCAUUGAAUUUGGGCUCUCUCUCAUUCAGAUCCUUGAUUUGAAUGAAAACGAACAGAUUCUUACAACCAGUUUCCGGACACUCUAUGUAAGUUCGAAUUUAGGAAACUAA